AUGGAAAACCUGUGUUUUGCAGUAAUUCAAGCGCACUCUCCCACUGAAAAUUCAUCACAGGAAGAAAUAGACAGUUUUUACGAGGACCUAGCGAAAGCCCAUGAUUCCACAUCUACUGGGUACGUUUUCUCUAUAGGCGAUUUUAAUGCUCAAAUCGGAAUUCCAAAAAAGUACGAACGUUCCGCCACAGGAGAGUAUGGUUACGGCAUCAGAAGCGGUCGAGGCACGAGACUAAUUCAAUACGCGCAAGAGUACAACCUAAAAAUUAUAAAUACAAUGUUUAAACUAAAACCAAAAAGCCGCUGGACAUGGAUCUCUCUAGAUAAAAACACAAGAAAUGAAAUCGAUUAUAUCAUGACCACGAAGCACCACAUGAUCUCUAAAUAUGAAGUACUACCAUCUUUCUCCUUUGGGUCGGACCACAGACUAAUAAGAGCAACAAUACAUCUAAACUCAACAAAGAAAAGUAGGCGCAAUUUCUCUAACACAUCCACUAAGUUAAAAACUCUAGCGGAGCAGGAAAUGUACCUGACAAACCUCUACAGCUUUAUACCAGAACUUAUAGAGAAUCAAAACAACUACAAUGUGGAGGAAUACUACCAAAAAAUCAUGCACUACAUCAAGAUAAGUCUAAAAAGCAUUAAAGGAACUCAUAAGAACAAAAUCCUAUCCACGAAAGCGCUAGAACUCAUGAAAGAAAGAAGCGAACUACAAAAUAAGCCAAAAUUAAGCGUAACUGACAAAGAAAAACCAAAAUCUUUGUAUAAACUUACCAAUAAAGAAAUAAAAAGGUGCUAUGUUACCUACAGAACAACAACUAUACUAAGACACCUCGAUAAUACUAGAUCUGCCAAAAAAGCUUACAAAGAGUUAAAUCAAGCCAAAACAUGGGUUCCUUUUCUCAAGUCUGGCAACAACAAAUGCAAAUCUCGCACAGAAAUCAUAAAUGCUGCUACUAACUUCUACGCUAAUCUAUAUCGACAAUCAGACACACAAAGUCAAAACAUGGUUUCCUAUAGCUACACAGAUAUCUCUCCAACACACCAGUUUACAGAAAAUGAAAUAUGGUAA